AUGAGUGAGGGCGCCUUGUGGCUCCGCCGGCGGUGCCUGUUUCUGUCCGAUGAGGCGGCGCUAGGAACGGCGCUCCAGCGCCCAGAAGUGGCGAAAAAGGCAGCCGACGUCUUGCUCCGCGUGCGGGAGUCAUGGGGCGGGGCGGUGGACGGCGCUGCUGACUUGGCCGCCUGCAUCCACCGUUGGGUGGAGCGCCGCCAGUUUGCGGAUUGGCAGGAGUGUGUUGAGUGGCUGCUCUUCAGUGUGGAGUGGCAGCAGGAACGGGGCAGUGCGGCGAACGCAGAAGGCGCGCUAUGCAGGCGGGCGUUACUGGAGUUGACCGCCCUGUUUGCGGAGGAGGCGCGCGCGUACGAUGCCGCGGCAGCCUCAUUUGCCGAGAAUUACUGGAGGAAGGCGCGGAAACGGCCGCGCGUUUUGACCAGCGGUGAGCCCAAUGAGAAGACUCCUUUGGUUGAGGCCCGUGUGAGUUGGAGCAUCGCGGCGGAGUUGCCACCGCUGGUGGAGCAGGCGUUUUUGCUUCCUUGA